UAUGCUUCUAAAUUGAAUGAAAUUAGUCAACCCAGGAUGGAAUCUUAUCCUAUUGUAAUCUUGAAGCGCCCGUAGCUUCAAAGCAGUCCUCUGUUUAAGGAUGUGAAUGUGAUUCAAAUGUCUACUUGAUGGAGUGAAUUUCAGUCAAUCUUGCAACCUUUGUAAGCUUAGGUUGUGUUUGGGUGAGUUAGAGAGAUAGCAGGACUAGCCAUGGCACUGAGCUCUCUCCGCCUCCUCCGAACAAUAAGCUCUCCACCCUUAACACUGUGCUUCCUAUCCUCUAUUCCAGUUCCCCAGCACCAGUAUCAUUUACAGAAUCCUGGACCCUUUAUUCAAUCUCGGCCUUUCGAUUCUUUGUAUGGUAAAAAGGGUGGGAUUAGAAGCAGUGGUUCUUUGUCAUGGAUUUUCCGAGAGGCCCAAAGCCUUGGCCUAAGGAGAUGGAGAAAUAUGGCUUUCUUAGCAACUGCUGAAGUUUGUGACACAAAUACAGCCCUUUUGGGAAGUGGAGACUUGCGCGUCCUGCCACCAAUGUUCCAGAUGUAUGGACAAUGUCGAGCAUUCUCAGGCCCCAUUUCCACUAUUAAAGUUUUUGAGGACAAUGUACUGGUUAGGGAGCUUCUUGAAACCAGAGGCGAGGGAAGAGUAUUGGUCAUUGAUGGUGGAGGAAGCAUGAGAUGUGCUCUGGUUGGAGGGAAUAUGGGACAGUUGGCUCAAAACAUGGGAUGGGCUGGUAUUGUGGUAAAUGGCUGCAUUAGAGAUGUAGAUGAGAUCAAUGGAUGUGAUAUUGGGGUUAGGGCCUUGGCAUCUCAUCCCAUGAAGUCAAACAAAAGAGGCCAUGGCGAUAAGCAUGUUCCAAUCAACAUUGCAGGAACCUUGAUCCGCGAAGGGGAAUGGUUGUAUGCUGAUAGUGAUGGCAUCCUUGUCUCAACAUCUGAAUUGUCUAUUUGAAUCAGCAUUGUAAGUUGAUCUUUUAAGUUCUCCUACCAAUAAGAGGAUUGAGUUUCGAAGACAAUUGUACUUGAAGGCUGUAAUUUUGCUAAUUUUGUUAGCAUAUAAAAUUGCAUUAUUAAUUUCCCUU